AUGAUACAUCGGUGUAAUGGAUGUUUAGCAACCAGUGCAGUGAUACCACCAAAAUUAACAACUUAUAAUCCACGAACACCAACAACAACCAUUCCACCAAAUGUUCAAUGUUUCCCAGUUGCCAGGCAAAAGCGUGAUUCUCCCUCGUCCGCCUCCUCAAAUGCAGACAGUUUGUCAAAUUUACCAAAGAAUUGUUUGCCAAUUGAUUAUCUGAAAAAUGCAAUAGCUGAAAUGAAAGCAGGUCUGGUGCAAAACGAUUCACCCAAUUCAGAAUCAAGAGUUGAAGAAAGUGCACAUUUUCCGCUAUCAAUCUCGAAACAUCCAACAAUUGCUAUCGAACAUCAUACUAUUAAUGAUCAUAGCAAUGAUGACGAACUUUCACCUUUGAAUCACUCAGCUGGAAAAUUGUGUCAAGAUUUUGAAUGGGAUGGACCGAUUUAUCUCUAUAAUCAAUCACUGAAAAUGAAAGUACCAUACUGCUAUAAAUAUGUUGCAAGUAUUGACGAAGAAACGGAUGAAUUAAUCAGGUUGACGCAGAAAAGCGCACGUGACAAAUGUCGUUCAUAUAGUGGUCAAAAUGGUGGACCAUCUGAUUUAGUAUCUAUUCAUUCUAAUGAUGAAAAUUAUGAUUUGCAAAAUAUACUAUCAUUUUUCGGCUGGGAAUCAGUAUGGAUCGGUCUUGCUUACGAUAAGGUACGCACUACAUGGCGUUGGAUAGAUGGUACAACUCUAUCAUUUUCAAAACUUUCACUUCGUGAUCCAUCUCAACAUUGCGCAAUUCUACUAACCAAUGGUUCCUGGAUAUCGGAAGAUUGCAAAAGCAACACUGUGUCACAUUUUAUCUGUAAGAAACGAGCAAUUGUAUAA